UUUACAUACAUUUUAUAUUCCAGCGGUAAACGGUGCAUUUCCCUACAAUCAUAUCUGUUUUGUGGGUUGGGAACAUUGCUUGGUAUAAAAAAUGAAUGUCGAACCUUGCCUGAAUGUAUAAUAGGUGCUGUCAACCAUUUUAGAAUCUGGUGUUUUGAAAAUGCCAUUUUAACUUCAUUUAAAAUGGAUGUUUUUCCUUUUAAAUGUUGACUGCAUUGGAAAGUAAUUAGCACCUUUGGUUAUAUUAUUAUUUUGUUUAUUUUUUCAAAAUACUACAUACGCUAGUAAAUUGCUCUCAUUGUUUAUGUAGCAAAUGCCCAAUGAUUUCGUAUCUUUUGAGGACGGUUGUAAAUGUUUUAUUGUGGACGUUAUUUUUGUGCAAUGUAAGACCUAAACUUGCAAAGUGGAUUCUUACUUUAAACGUCUAAUUGCAAACCUAAUAUAACGUUUAAAGAAAGUGUGUGCCUCGUGUUAUCAUAUGGCGAAGGGUGUUUUAUCGAUAUCGGCUGAAUUCAUUACCAUAUAGGACACGGAUGCAACGCACGUAAUUACAUUUCUGUCGUUUAAAUGCCUAAUUCAAAGUGAUUAUUAUCAGUGUAUUUAUAUGCUUCUGGGUCUCACAAUUAAUUAUGCAUAUGGCUGUAUAUCUGUGAUGUACAGUUGAGGAUUUUCUUGUAAACGUAGCGUGUUCCCCACCCCCUUUUAUCCAGUCCACACGAAUGCAACUUCUUUACUUGGCAAAAUCGUUCUUAUUUAAGCACAAAUACAUUUUUAAUAUCGCUGUAUUUCCGGUUCCAAACAUUUCUAGAUUCAGCUUUUAGUCAUAAUACUGGCCUUCAGCUGCUGGACUGUCGCAAACAAUGAUUGUAUCAAUCGGCUAUUAAAUUAUAACAGGCCAGAAAUCUGGUUUUGGGGCUACUGUAUACUUUAUAACACUGAUUUGAACUAAAUUCAGGCGACAAGAUUGUAUUAAUCUUUAUAGCAUUUUACGUGUACCCUGCCAGACCGUGGAAAACGCAUAUCUAUUCAAGUCACAUCCAAAUACAGUUGCCAUUUAAGCCUAGGGCAAAAUUCUAUCCGCAAAUAAAUCCACAGCUCUACUUGCUCCGUUCCAGUGGGUGGGUCAGAGUUUUAGAUGUAUGUGCGGUGCAUUAAAUAAUCUUUAAAAAUGUCGUCUCCCAUUUUAAAGUUGAAACUGUUUUGUAUUUUAAUCACGACAUUGACGGAGUGACAUUGAAUGACAUUGAGCCAAACGAAACUACUGUAAAUAAUGCUGGAUGUUUUUGUAUAUAGGUAGCAUUUGCGCGUUCGAGCUGCAGAGUUUUUAGUGCUUACUCCGUGUAUCGCCAACGAUUGCUUGCUAAUUACACAGCCACCAUUUUCGACACAGAUGGUGACUAGUAUGCUCGUGUAGCUACUUGUACUUGCUAGACCUUUUCGAGGAAGGGAGCAAUGAACAUUUGACAACAUUGGGAGGCUUAACUGAUAGCGACGCUCAGCUGACAGCAGCUGCCACACUACUUCCAACAGGUCGCCACCUGACUGACACAGCCAUGCACCUGGAGGUGAAAGUAGCCCUGAACUUCAUAGUGUCUUACCUGUACAACAAACUUCCCCGGCGCCGCGCAGACCUGUUUGGGGAGGAGCUGGAACGGCUUCUGGUGUCUCGCUUCGAGGGCCACUGGUACCCUGAGACCCCUCUGCGGGGGUCCGCUUUCCGCUGCCUGCACCUGGGGGCCCCUCCAGACCCCGUGGUGGAGUUGGCCGCUCGGCGAAGCGGCCUGGACACAGAAGAAGUGCGAGCCAAUGUACCUCCAGAGCUGAGCGUGUGGAUCGACCCCUAUGAGGUAUCCUACCAAAUCGGGGAGAAAGGGGCGGUGAAGGUGCUGUAUCUUGAGGAUCCCCCCAGCCUGGGUAGGGAAGGAGAGCGCCCAGAGGGGGUUAAUGGGGGGAGCAAAGGGGAACUGGAGGUGGAGGAGGGCAAGAGUUUGGGGUUCAACCCAGAGGCUCAGGUUUUUGUGCCAGUUGGUGGGCAGGUGUCUCCCGUCCUGCCCUCCCUGUCCAGCUCCCCCACGCCCCUCUCUGCCACAUCUUGCCCAGGCUUAUUUGGGUACCCAGCCCCUAGCACCCCGAACAGUCUGACUGCCCACUCCUCCAACACCUCGACGCCCCCACCCCCGAGCUCUGGCCUCUCUUACCUGCCUCCUCAGCAGCAGCCUCCGGCUCCCCCCAACCCACGCCCACCCCCCCAGCCCAUCACCUUCACUACCGCCACUUUCGCCGCCACUAAAUUUGGCUCCACUAAGAUGAAGAAAUGCGGUAGUUCAGGAUCAGCGGGGGGGUCGGGAGUCGGGGUCCCCCCCCAGCCUAGAAUGCUAUCCCGCUCGCCCACCACCAUUUCCCCCCCAGGGCUGCUGAAGCACAAGGCCCUCUCUCUCUCCCUUCACUCUUUGGGAGGUCAGGUCCCGAGCCAGCUCUCCCCCAAUGCCAAAGAGUUUGUCUACCCUGCCUCCCCCAGCGCCCUCUACUUCGAUACAGAUGCCCCCGCCUUGCCCCCACAUGCCAGCGCCUUCCAGCCCCCCCACCCUCACCCUGCCCACCCCCACUCCCACCCGACCUUCGACCCUUUCUCCAGCCCCCCGCCGGGCCCCGCCGUGGGGAUCAUUGAUGGCAGCGGUGGGAUUUCCUACCUGGAGAAGCCCCCGUUUGUGGAGGGGCUGGGGGGGUACAACCUGCAGUACCCCAGCCAGGCCUUCCAGCCUGUGGUGUUGGCCAACUAAGGCCUGCAUUUGUCAACUCAACAUGUUUAUUUGGGUGAUGGACUAAUUCUGGCUCAUUUACUCAUAAAGACUGCUUUUUUGUUUGUUUUUUUUUUUUUUGUAACCUUCUUCUUACUAAUAUUACAGCUUAGAAAUAAUAUAAAAUGACCACCACCAUCAUAUGUUGUGAAAAUCGCUGUUUAUGUUAAUGUUCUUGUACUAAUUUUUGGAAGGAUUUUUAGUUUCUGUUUCGCCUGGGGAGUAACCAGUCUCCUGCUGCACAGAACGUUUUUUGCAUUGAAUGUUAAACUGUUUAAAUGUUGAACUUUGAUAGUAUAUAACCCCCUUGGGGGUUUUUUUUGAUGCUCGACCUUGUGCAUUUCCCCUGGGCAAAACAGUGUGAAGCACUCUAGCUCUCACUGUUGUAUAAUGCUGUGAAAUGAGACCCAGGGCCCGCAGGCCCACAGACUGGUUGUGUGGGUCUGAGGCGAUGGGUACAGCUGCUAGCGGCUAGCGGCGCUCUCUUCUCGACUAGCAUGAAAUUGCGGCGGACCUGCCACGACCCUGUGAAGCGGGCGGUGACACUCCAGUGUUCUUUGCUUUGUCGUGUGGCUUAUUUACACUUUACGGAAACUUGGCAUUUUUUAAGCGCAACACAAAUACGUGGCUUUGAACUGCAGUCAGAGAACAGUGGAUGUCCAUGGUCCUCCACUGCAGUGUCAGGAGGGACUUGAGCAACACCUCUUUUAUAUACGUGAAAAAUCUGCUCUGACAUUUUGUAUGAAAUGGAGACAGAGUAAGGGGAAAUUUAGUCGCAGGGAUUUACAGAGGGCAAAGAGGGCAAGUAGGACAGAAUGGUGAGGGGGUGGUGGGGGUGGUUGGGGGGGGGUAGGGUGGGAGGUAGGCUAACACUAACACUGUAUUGUGGGCUGGAUAAUUAAUGAGCUAGAGCUGAAAUGGAGGAAGUGUGACAAGAUGGUCUUACAGUGGGAAAGCAGGACACACACACAAGCGCGCACACACACAAUUGCAUGCAAAAGUGUCUGAAGUUAAGAGCCUGGGGAUGGAUGGAUGGGUAUUGGGCACAGUUGACCAGUGACCAGUGGUGAUUGUGAUAAAUGGCUUUGCAUGACAUUGACCGUUAAGGAGAGAUCUCAAUAAAUGAGGAGUGUAGGAGGAGGAGGAGGAGAAAGAUGGAGGGAGAUUGAUGAGGAGGACAGGGAGGAGAUCUAUGGGAAUUACAGUGCGUGGACUGAGGGCUUAAAACCCAGAACGCGUUUCUGCAGAGCUUCAGUACUGUUGUAAACUAGGAUUCUCCCUCUCCCUCUCUUUCCUGUUUUAGUUCUCUGGUCUUGUGAUUAUGUUCUCUGACAGUUGCUGCUUGAAUCCUGAAAACCAGGGGGUGGGAGAGGGUGGCGGGGUGGGGGAUGUGAUGAAUCGUUGUGAUGUUAUAUUUUCCUAUUUUGUGUUUAAUUUGAUGUCGGGACUGUGAAUGUUUCCUGUGAUUUAUAUCCAGUCACUUUAUAUGAUACCUUUGCCAGACCACUUUGAUAGUUGGUGAAAAGGAGCCAUGUCCCCAUUGGGCGAUGGUACAGAACCAGGGCAGAGGCAGCCCAAAUGCCCCCACCUCAUUCAGAUCCACACAGCACUUUAUUCACAAACGGCUGCUGCUGCUGCACACUUCUCCUGCACCGAGAGCGAUCGCAUCCCUUCGGCGACCGGUCAUUUUCACAUCGCCUGCCGCAGGCGUCUCUAGAGUACAGGAAUGUAUAUGGAAUGGAUUUGAACAUGAUGAUAAUAAUAAUAAUAGUAAUAAUAAACAUGUUGUCGUAACGUGGAGAGGGCUAAUAGGCCGGUGAUCAUCUGUGGAGCUGUCUCUGGAGAGAAAUGUCUUGUAAUAGGGAGGAAUGGAAGGGGUGAGGAUGACCCUUCUCUGAGCUGAAUGUUUUCUAAAUUGUGCCCAUAAACCUGCGUGUAUAAGCUAAAAACAUACAGGACCCUUGACUUGUGCUCAUACUGGUUUUGCUAAACGACUGUCAGUCUCUUGCAGUUUGUUUUUAUUUUAUUUCAAGUUUUUGUGUUAGUUUCUUUUGGUGGGGCAGGGAGUUUUGGAUGGAUUAGAGGGCUGCAUUUCUGUACAGAUGUGGGGGGGGAGGGGGGGGUUGAUGCAUUUUUACAUUUAUUUGUAAUUUAUUUACAAUUUUUCUAUUUUUCCUGUGUGUUUUUCAAAGAAUUAUCUAGAACGUUUGUAAAGGUAAGAGAUAUAUACUAUACCAGUAUAAAUAUGUAUAUAUUUCUUACAUUAUUAAGAAUUUUUUUUCAUUGUUUAGUUUCUUACGUGCUGAAGUUAUUUUUUCAAAAAAUAUAUAAAUAUAUAUGCAAGAUGAAACAUGAAAAAUUUAAAAGUAUAUAAAAUAAAAGUAUUGAAUGUGUAUCGUACCUUGUACAGAAAUUGUUCAAUAAAAGACGGGUAAAUGUAGUCUGUAAAGUUGUUUCUUGUUGAGUUUAAAGACAAGGAUGUUUACAAAGACGAAACCUCCAUAAGUGGAGUGUCCGGAUGUCUUUGUGUCCCAGGCAGUCUGAAUACCUGACUUACCGCCUUUUUCACCACCCUUGGUUUUUUUGUUUGGUUUUUUUUGUCCGUUGUUAAAGCCAAAAAAAGGAACACGUGACUCCCUCCUUCCCUGUACUGAUUGUCUUCUCUCUGUUCGUCUGUGUGACCAGGCCACUCCUUUCUCCCACUUCCUUGCGUACUGUCGGCGUCUCUCUCCUCCGGAGAGAGUUCAGUCUUGCCCUCCAUCUCCGUUCUGUAUCCCUGCACCCCUUCCGUAGUUCCGCCUCGCAGAGCUCGCCUCUGUGCUGCCGUCGAACCCACAUCGGCAUUGAGAGCGCCACGGAAUUCUCGUCCCAGCGGAAUUCCAUAAUCAUUUCAUUUCACGCCUCGGAGCUUCUGCGUUCACCCCCUCCCUCCCCCCACUCCAAACACACACACACACACACACACAGCCAUGCUGUACCUGUUCCUGGGCUAGAGUGCUCCUGAUCCAGAGUGGGUGUGUUCAGCUUGCGUGUCCCCCUGCAGAUUCUGGCCUGCCUCCCUGUGACAGGGCUGUUCUGCGCUUGCCCGUUUUCAGUGUGCCGUGAAAGUGGGGAGCUCGACCGAGACGUGGUCCGUAUCAGUCCACCUUGGUUAUAGAGAGAUCUAGAGAGGGCUACACUGGGGAGGUUACUGUGCUCCGUAAAACCAUUUGUGGUUCUUCUUACCGGUUACUUUGACUUUGAGAAGGCCAAAAUGUGUUCCUGGUCUCAUUGAUCAAACUCCCAGGCACUUCAUUGGGGGGGGGGGACUGAUCAUCCCAGUUAAUCAAAUUGAGAUCACAUUCCGUUUAUAAGGCUGGCACAGGAUGCAUAGUGUUGUUUGUGGCUAGCUGGAGAAGAAUCUUCAGUUGCUGCAAACCACAUUUGACAUGGGAUGGUGGAUACAAAAGACCUAUAGUAAAGAAAACUGUUGAUGGAAGCUGUGGUUUUUGGGCUUCACAAGCCUCCAUAGUUUUCUGUUGGAAAUUGGAAACACCUUUUCAUGCCAUCACAAAUUUAAGUUUUUUUUUUUUUAACAAAUAUUGAGGUUGUGGUGAGAGAUGGUAUGUUGUAUAUGACCUAUAUUUGCUUUGAAUGAAGGACUUUGUACCACCAGUGUUGACUGUAACAGAGUAAAUGUGUGUUUUUUUUUCUUCGUAUCUCAUAUCUUGAGCUUAUUUUCUUGUAUUUUGGUUUGCUAUCUGGAACAAUUUUGUUGAAAAAGAUUAAUUUUAUAUGGAAAAUAUAACAUUUAAGAAAAAUAGCUAUAAUGAAAGAUGUAUUCAAAUAGUGUUUUCUUUUUUGCCUGUAUUUUAUUAUAAUUUCCCUAUUUUGUAUCUGAUCUGUAACACCCUGUAGGAUGACAUGGACCUUUCCCAAGCAAAAUGCAAUGACCUGUUUUCUGUGUUCCCUCCCAAGGGACAAACUACUGCAGUUUCUUAUUGUAUCGGAUUCUUUUUUUAAGUUUGUAAUAAAAAAAUGAUGACAAAAAUAAGCAUGAAAAAUAA